UCAAUAAGAGCAGGCAGUGACAAAUAGUAUAUAUUUCUUGUUUCACUCGAUCGCGUUUUAUUUUAAUUAGAAUUAGAAGAAAAAAACGAAUUACAUAUUUAUUAUUUUGUUCCACUAGUUGCAGCAAUCGACUCAAGGUGUUUCAGUUAUAAACGAGAAUUUACAUUAAUAAACGGCUGGGAUCGGUUCAACUAAUAAAAUGUAACAAUAAUUUUCAGUAUUAUCAACCCUGUAUAAUGCAUUUUGUUUUGCCGUCAAGUUGGUUCACUUUUUUUGCAGCAUUUGCUAUAAAUCUGCUGAGCUAUGGAGGAGGUUUGGGCUACGGAUGGUCUUCACCAGCGCUCCCGAAACUGAGUGGGCAUGUGGAUCCAGAAAAUAAUCCACUGUCCACUCCUACUACUAUACACGAAGAAUCAUGGAUAGCGUCACUUCUAAGUUUGGGAGCAGUAAUUAGCCCAUUUAUGACGGAGGUUUCAGCGGAAAAAAUCGGAAGAAAAUAUACGUUGCUCAUAUUCGCUUUGCCGAUGAUAUUGGGGAAUUUUAUUAUUAUUUUUGCCAGUGAAGUUUGGCAUUUUUAUACUGCCAGGUUUCUAAUUGGGCUGACAGAAGGCUGUAUCUUCGCCACCAUCCCAGUCUACGCGUCUGAGAUCUCGGAACCUAAGAACAGGGGCACCAUCGGGGCCAUAAUGCUCUUGUUCAUCUCCUUGGGCCACUUCACCUCGAGCAUUAUCGGUCCGAGCGUAACCAUAGCGACUUUUAGCAUAAUCUCUUUAGCUCCUUGUAUAUUGUUUUUAGUGCUAUUCGGACUUUUAGUACCGGAAAGUCCGUACUAUUUUGUACUGGCGGGAAAGAACCAGGAGGCGCAAAGGAGUCUGAAACAACUAAGGCGCAAAGAUGAUAUCGAAGAGGAGCUGAAUGAGAUUAUACGUGCCGUUAAGGAGUUCAAGGAUUCGCAAAUCUCGAAUGUCUGGGUGGAAUUGUUUAUGAGAAAAUAUAAUUUUAUUGCGUUCGUUUUAGCGUUGACUUUGAUGGUGUUACAGCAGUUCAGCGGGUUGAUUUACAUUGUGGAUUAUACGCAGAAGAUUUUCGAUGUGGCCAGGACCCCUUUUAAGGGCAACGUUUCGGUCAUGUUUGUUACUUCAGUGCAAGUGAUUAGCAUAGCUUUAAGCACUUAUAUUAUUGAUAAAAUUAACCGUAAAACCUUACUGGUUAUCUCCUUAAUGUUGAUAGCAUGCUCCCAAGUAGUUCUGGGAUUAUUCUUUUACUUCCAGCACCGAGGGCAUGCAGCUGUUGAGUAUAUAACUUGGCUGCCCAUCGUUUGUCUCAUGUUAUUCAUGGUGUCUUUCCAAUUAGGCACGUGCCCCAUAAGUUACAAUUAUCCCAGUGAAAUUCUGGAUCCCACCGUGAAGACUUUGGGGAAUACAUUGGUGAUGUCCCUGGGACUUUUGGGGGAGUUCGGCAUCGCCACCCUAUUUCCAAUGUUGGCCGAGCAUAUAGGGUUUUUUGUGCCCUUUUGGAUUUUCGGUUUGGUGUCGUUCGUGGCCGUAUUUUUUGUUGUUUUUUGGCUACCGGAGACCAAGGGAAAGAGUUUUUUGGAGAUUCAAAACGUUUUAAGGAAUAAACUGUGAUAUAAAUUUAAUAAAUAAAAUUUACUUUUCUUUUUAAUAUAAA